CGAAGGCUGUCUCUGAGACUGGACACUCUGGCCUCUCAGAUGGAAAGACUAACCAGGGAGAGAGAGACAGACGACUUCAGCGCCCUGCUCAGGAGUGUCAGAAAGGACCAGGAGCUUCUGGUCCGCUCGGUGGAGAAGGAGCUGAGGAGAAUGGCCAUGAAGCUCGACCAGCUCAGCCUUCCUCAUCAUCGCAGCCAUCCUCAUCCUCAUCAUCACCAACCUCACACCGCCCUACCAAAUGACGACCGCAGGCCGUACACAGUCCCUGCUGAGGAGUGUGACGUACCGAUGGAUCCUGAAUAUCCUCUCUGUGCCGAGAAAGUGGAGUUCCUGCGGCUCCACUGGCAGUCGGACCCCUGCUACGAGUUUUACGGGGUGGAUGGCACCACCUGCUCCAUACUGACCUACCUCGGCCAAAUAGAGGGCUUCUGUCCCCCCCGUCCAGGAGGAAACCACUCCGCUUUGCCUUGGCAUCAGAGACCUCAUCUCCACACAGAGAAGGCAGAGAUUGGGAUGAGUUUGAAUCUGUUCUACGAGACCAUCAACCACAACGUGGGUCCUGCGGUGGAGUUCAUCCGGUCCAGAGUGGAGAGGAUGUCUGAGCGAUGGUCCGAGGCCGGACGGAGGAUGAGGAGGAAGAGAAACAGCACCGCCGCCUCGCAGAUGAAGGUGCUGCUCUACCCGGGAGUCCUGGCUGGUGUGGAGGGCCAGCGGUUCGGGGCCAUGGUGGAGACAGGGGGCCCUCUAGGGGAGCUGGUACAGUGGGCUGACCUCGGCACCUGUCUGACUGUCCUGGGUCACCGCGUGACCCUCAGCACCUCGCAGGAGCGCCUCCACAGCCUGAUAGGUGCCGCCCCGGGGCGAGGAAGCUGUCCAAUCCAGAGGCCCCUGACCUUUGACCUCAUCUAUACAGACUAUCACGGCCUCGCUCACUUGCAAGGAGCCAUGGGACCGGCCUUCCAGCACUACCAGUGCCGUUUCCGAAUCCUGGACUCGUUCGGCACGGAGCCGGCCUUUAAUUUGGGGACUUACGCUCGGGGCCGUGGCUACAGCACGCCGUGGGGCAGCUGGGCCCUCCGGCCCCGCCAGUACAUGACCAUGUUCCCUCACACGCCCGACAACUCCUUCCUGGGAUUUGUGAGCGAGGAGGCGAGAGAAGAGGACGUGAAAGCGGACACGAACAGGAAAGACAACAUCGCUGUCGUCUACGGCAAGCAGGCCUACAUGUGGCAGGGUAAGGCUGGGUAUGUGGAGUUGAUCAGUGAGGAGUUGGAGACCCACGCCACAGUUUAUCAGCCUCCAGGUCGCCCCCUCGCCCUGCCGCCCUCCGUCAUCAACCACGGCCUGCUGAGGCAGGACCGCUUCCUGCAGCUGCUCCGUAGAGCCAAGGUGUUUGUAGGUCUGGGUUUCCCGUAUGAAGGUCCUGCUCCGCUGGAGGCCAUCGCGUCUGGCUGCGUGUUCCUCCAGCCACGGUUUGACCCACCACGCUCCUCAGACAACAGUGACUUCUACAGAGGCAAACCCACCACAAGACAAAUCUCCUCCCAGCACCCUUAUGCGGAGGACUUCAUUGGAAAGCCUUAUGUGUGGACAGUGGACAUCACCAACCGAACGGCUGUACGGCAGGCUGUGAGAGCCAUUCUACACACAGAGUUGAAGCCCUUCGUCCCACGAGAGUUUACCUGUGAGGGAAUGUUAGAGAGGGUUCAAGCCUACAUCACUUACCAGAACUUCUGCAGUGCGUCCCUUCCUACCUGGCCACCAGAGGGCGCUCUGCGGGCUCACCUGGGCCCCCUGGGCGAUUCAUGUGUAAGUGUGUGCAGACGGUCUUCCCUGGUGUGUGAACCUGCCCUUUUUCACCAUCUCAACAACCCUGAUGCUUUCACCAGGUUGGGGCUUGGUUGUUCCAGCAUGGGACAGGAAGUCAACCAUCUGUUUCCUGCCUACAGCCCUUGGGGGCGUCGCUGCGUCCUGCAGCAGGAGCCGCUGUUGUUCAGCUGUGCCGGAUACGAACCAUCCCACCGCAGGCUGUGUCCCUGCAGAGCUCAUCUACCUGGACAGGUGGCGCUGUGCCCCGACUGCCACUAG